AUGGCUUACCCAGACAAUGUUGGCAUCAAGGCCAUGGAGAUUUGCGUCCCCAGUCAGUGCUUGGACCAGGCUCUCUUUGAACAGUACCAAGGAGUUUCAGUUGGCAAAUACACCAUCGGCCUUGGUCUAAAGUACAUGAACUAUUGCGACGAUCGAGAAGGCAUGUGUUCUAUUCGCCAUACUUGUUCACUUGCCCUCACGGCCGUCUCCUCCUUGCUCCGUAAAUACAAAAUCGACCCCAAGUCUAUCGGGCGUCUGGAGGUCGGCACCGAGUCCCUCGUAGACAAGGCCAAGUCUGUAAAGACCGUGCUGACCCAGCUGUUCGAGCCAGCUGGCAACACCAGCUUGGAGGGCAUCGACACGGUCAACGCAUGCUACGGUGGCACGAGCGCCCUAUUCAACGCAGUGAACUGGGUUGAAUCCCGCUCAUGGGAUGGCCGCGAUGCCAUCGUGGUGGCCUCGGACAUUGCCCUGUACCGGGAGGCGUCUUCCCGCCCCGCCGGCGGCGCUGGCUGCGGGACCUUCAUGACACACGCGUAUGACUUCUACAAGCCUGACCUCAAGGUUGAGUUCCCGGUGGUUAACGGGCACGAGUCCAUCCGGGCCUACCUGUCCGCGCUGGAUGGCUGCUACAAACGCCUCCGCGAAAAGGCGGAGGAGACGGGUGCUGAGAAGAAUGGCCACACUGUCAACGGUGAAUCAGCAGACAAUCUCCCGGAUCGUUUCGACUACAUGGCGUUCCACGCCCCGAACUGCAAACUCGUCAGCAAGUCAUAUGGACGUCUCAUGUACGAAGAAUCGCUGAGAGGCAAGGAACUCGAGAAACUCUUUGUGACGCUGUCAAAGGACCGCUUCAGGUCGCGAGUCGCGCCGUGCAUCGCAGCGCCCACCCUGUGUGGCAACAUGUACACCGCCAGCUUGUACUGCUCGCUCAUCAGCCUCAUCAUCAACAUCGACCCGAAAGAAGCCAUGGGCAAGACAAUCGGCAUGUUCAGCUACGGAGGUGGAAUCGCCAGCAGCCUGUUCGCCCUCAAGGUGACCGGGGACGUCAGCGACAUGGUGCGCAAGAUCGACCUCAUGGGCAGGCUGGGUCGACGCCACAUCGCCACGCCGGAGGAGUACGAGAACGCUUGUGCGCUCAGGCUCAAGGCUCAUGGUUCCAAAGACUUCCAGCCCGCUGGGGACAUUGCCUCCCUCGCCGCCGGGACGUACUACCUGCAGAGCAUCGACGAAGCCUACCGAAGAACAUAUGCUGUCAAAGUCUAA